UCAUUCAACACUGUACUGAAUGAAAUGCGUGCAGACAAGGAGACUAAGGCUGACCUUCAUUGCCGAGCGGAUGAUUUGCGUGAUCAGCUCUACGAAAUCCUGGAUGAGUCUAAACUGGCCAACGAAGCUCGAAUACCAGUUUGUCUCAAUCCUUCAUCGUGGUUGACAAAUAAACUAUAUUUGCUGACGAACUACUAUGUGGCCCUGAUGCAGGUGGAAUUGGCUCGCUUCGAAGAACGUGCCAGUCUUAUGCGGGACUAUUACAGAUAUCGUCAGCGUGUCGAAUGUAUCCGAACUACAAAUAUUCCAUACAAACCACUCAUCAAGGUUGGAGAACUGUCAUUCAACACUGUACUGAAUGAAAUGCGUGCAGACAAGGAGACUAAGGCUGACCUUCAUUGCCGAGCGGAUGAUUUGCGUGAUCAGCUCUACGAAAUCCUGGAUGAGUCUAAACUGGCCAACGAAGCUCGAAUACCAGUUUGUCUCAAUCCUUCAUCGUGGUUGACAAAUAAACUAUAUUUGCUGACGAACUACUAUGUGGCCCUGAUGCAGGUGGAAUUGGCUCGCUUCGAAGAACGUGCCAGUCUUAUGCGGGACUAUUACAGCAAGAAAGAAAGAAAGCGUUCAGCUGUAGCCCCUUCCGGUCGUUCAGCUGUAGCACCCUUCCGGUGCCUAGCUGCCAUGCCUUCCGAAGGAAGCACGAGGGCUGGGAUACUGCCAGGUUGUCCAAGCCUAGACAGGGGAAGUCGAGUGGCGGAGGUCGGACCCGAACCACGGACCUUCCGAAUGAUGGAGAAACAAACAAGGAUAUCAGAACAGACAGAGUUAGAAAAGAUCCAGAACUGUGUUGAUCCACGCGCCGCAGAAUAUACUCGGCUACCACUGCUUCAGGAAACUACUCACAAGGCUGCUGAAAACUCUUCGACAUCCUACGACCGGUUUCGCCCUUCCAGUUCGGGCUCAUCAGGUAGGCGUAGUCCCCGAGUUUCCGUCAACCUUAUGAUCUACUUGAACCCAAAUUGGACUGUUUUCGAGAAAUACACUAAUUUGCAAAUCAAUUUGGUCUUCACGGGAGACUCACGGUCAAAAGAGGAAAUUAUCGUCUGUGAAAAUUCCUUGGUGAAAGUUCGGACGGCGCGAACGUGCUUUCUCCGCAGUUUGGCUGCAACAGGUAUUCCACAGUUGUCCGUGGAUUUACGGAGAGUGGUUUACUUCCCACUCCCUGCGCGCACGCGAUGCUUGAUAGAAGACCCACUCGAUGUUGAAGAGGCUGACUCCGCCAAGAGCAAAGCCAGCACACCAAGUCUAUCCACUGGCCGAAAGAAAAUCACCACAAGUAGUCAUUCAAAGUCUCGUGAAUCAUCCAGUGGCAACCGACCCACUCUCAUUACCCUAUCGGAUUAUUCAAGUAGUCUGGAUUCGGUAAUUUCAUGUUUACCACCGGAAUUUGCAACGCGCACAAUCCUACUAAACUUGAAAUCAAAUCUUGCCGAGAUUUAUUCAGCUCUAACCAAAAACGGUCCGACAUUUGCCGGAGCAACCACGUCAGGCGGUCUGCAAGAACCCAACGCAAACAUUCAAGAGCCAAGAAACUCAGCCAGGGUUGAAGGGAGGACAACGAGAGCUGACAGAAAGACGUCUAGGUCAAGUGCUAAGGCAUCUCUCCCGAAUGCAAAUGAACUGUUCAUAGACAAUGUCGAGGCACCGAAAGAAUCAGAGACGCUAUUUUUAUACAACGUCUGCUUAUGCGCGUUACAGACCAUUCAAAACCAGUAUCACGCUGAGAAGAAACGUCUGCAAUGGGUGGACGAGACACAAAAACACCCAACACAAGUUGUGGACACUAAGCGAAGCCGUUUGUCUGGCAGCAAAAGGUCACCGGCAUCACGGAUGAAAAAGCAGGCUGAGCCUAAGCCACCUACACCAGUUUCCAAGAUCGCUGAGGAGGACCAUUCCGCAGUGGAAGUACGCCAUCGAAUCCAGCAAGAACAUCUGGCUGCAUUGGAAAAGCUAGUUUCACAGUGUGUUUUCCGGCUUACCCUAAUUCGAGUUCAAUCGUGUGCCAUACUGACCGAAUUGAAGCAAAGCAUUGCCGAGACGGAACAGACCAUGGUGGACUGGAUCGGCACAUUUACUUUGAAAGAACACCAAGCCGUGGAUGCUUUAAUUGAGUAUAUCAGGAAGGCAAUCGAGGAGGAACAGACGUUACCGGAACCCCUCAUGUUGGACGGCGACCGAUUUUAUGUUCAAAAGGAGCAAAUGCGAGAGGACGCAACGGAGACCAUUGAGGCGCAGUCGAAAGAAACCUCGAGGAUUAACGAUCUAAGCUACUUCAGCUUUGAACAACUUACUGAUUUACUCAAGCAGUUUCAACACUCAGCACCGAGUGGAAUUAUCGGCGUGACAUCCUUUGCGAGCAUCUUAAGUCCCAUUAUCGAAAAAAGAAUGCAGGAGCUUUCUGGACCCACAUCCCAAGAAAACAUCGAAGAACUGACUAGAAGAAUAAUUUCGGCCUACCGUUUGACUUUCGGUCCGGAGGAUGAGCGAGUUCCAUCGGUCAGUGUGCAGACAAAGAAACCUCAGUCUGGCAAACAGCAGACAGUAGAGGGCCAUUCACUUAAGACGGACAACGGCUCAUCUAAAGUAUUUUACAUCGACUGGCGUCGCUUCCUGUUAGCUGCUACACAUUCCUUCGACAUUUUCAACCCGGAAGCGCAACCAAAUAAAGAAAUGCUACUUCGCCUAUGUGAACGCUUGUUUGAAUUGGAUCAGACGACAUCAGCAGACAAUCGUGGACCUGGUCUGAUUGGGACAAAAGUCACUAGAGCACAGUUUCGAUUUGCUCCCUUCCCGUGGUUUCCAGAAAAUCACACAUACUAUGAACAGUUGCACGAUUUCAUCUUCUCCAUCUUCGCUGAUCCUCAUAAAAUCGAACUUCAAAAUGAUUUGGAGAAGUGGGGUGUUGACGUGGGGCCAAAGAAAUCGGAGGAUAUAGCACACGUUACCAGUAAGCCCAUGGAAGAAAGUGAAACUGGGGACAGUGAAAAGGAUAGCUCGGGUCAAGAUUUGACACACGCAGAUCUUUCACUGGCGCAGAAGGUCGACUGCUGUCCCCUGAUGCUUUCACUCGCACUGCUGAGCUCUGAUACACCUCUUACAGGAAUUUGGAGAUGCCUUUCUGUACUCAGCAUGCAGGAGGUGCUGGAAUAUCCCAAUUUGAAAACCUGUUUUGAAGGCCCUGCAGAUCUGGAGGCUCGUGAUCCACUGAUUUAUCAAGCCGUAUUAGAAAAGCUCCUCUGUUUUGGCCUGAUCUGCGUGGAGCCCAUGGCAGUCGCAGACCUACAGGAAUUGAACCAAGUUGCUGACACUGUGUUGUCAUACAUCAGACGAAUAAAGGAUACACUCAGGAAGAUAUUCACUGAAGUGCAGUCCUUGAGUGUGACGUCCUCCUCAGACAACGCCGUACCACUUUCAGUCCUACUUCAGCAGCCAGAAACAAUAAGGCUGUUGAAGGAGGCUGAAACACGAUUUACGCUACCCAGGAUGCCCGAACCAUGGCCAACUCUACUUCGAAUGUAUGCGAGACCGGAUUCCAACAGUACUUCAACCGUGUAUGAUUCAAGUGAUGAAAAUCAGUCUCGUCCGAUCAAUGCUUCAAGCCCUCUGCAGGACCAAUAG